AUGGUCGUCUCAGCGCUGUCUUCUUUCUGGCCCUACGCCGUUGCUCUCUUUGUUUGGGCAGUGGUCAAAGUUAUCAGGAUUGGUCAUCGUGAAUCAGGAUUACCUCCAGGCCCCCCGACUGUGCCUGUACUGGGAAACUUGAAUAUUUUCCCUACAGAAAACGUACAUUACAAGUUUACUCAAUGGGCGAGGGUCUACGGCGGAAUCUACUCGCUGAAGGUCGGACCUAGCACGUUGAUCGUGAUCACAAGUCCUGUCGUAGUGAAGGAACUAAUGGACGGUCGAAGCACAUCUACUUCGGAUAGACCGCCCCACUACAUGGGGACACUGAUCACCGGUGGUCUAAGUAUAGUGUUAGUGGGAAACUCAAAAGUAUGGCGAGCGCUUCGCAGGGCAACUCACGCGAUGUUGGCUACACAGCCCUCACUAGAACAUCUGGUCAUUCAGAAGGCGGAGGCCGCGCAGCUCAUGUACGACAUUUUGCGAUCACCUGAAGCCUUCUUUACUCACAUCCGCCGUUACUCGAAUUCUGUCAUUUUGUCUGUACUAUAUGGAAAGCGUUGUCCGCGCCACGAAUCUCCAGAAGCGAAGGCAUUUUAUACAGUGAAUCGUCUAUGGAAUCACGCAUUGGAACCUGGAGCGCAUCCUCCUCUAGAUCUGUUGCCUUGUCUGAGAUAUCUGCCAGGAUCGUGGAAAGACCUUUGCAAGCAGGUUAGGACACUGCAGUGCCAGCUGUACUUUGGUUUACUCGAUGAAUGUCAAACACGAUUGCAACGUGGACAGGAGACUGGUUGCUUCAUGGAAAGUGUAUUACAAAACCAAAAGUUUUUCGGGAUGGACCGUGAAUUGACCGGGUAUCUUGGGGGUGCGCUUAUCGAAGGUGGAUCUGAUACGACGUCCUCUUUCCUUCAUUCCUUGAUUCUAACUUUGAUGGCGUUUCCUGACGUUCAGCGAAAGGCGCAGGAAGAGAUAGAUAGGGUUCUUGGUGAUCAGAGGAUACCAACCCUCGAUGACUUCGCCAGUCUCUCAUACAUACAAGCCGUCAUUAAAGAGACUCAUCGAUUCAGACCAGUUGCUCCUCUUGCCAUACCUCACGCGAUGACAGUAACUGAGACGUAUCAUGGUUACACAAUACCGAAAGGUGCUACAGUAUUUGUCAAUACAUGGGGAAUGUUCCAUGAUCCAGACGCGUUCGAAAAACCCGAAGUUUUUGAUCCUGGUAGAUAUCUAAUAACAGAACAUGGUACGAAGCCUGGCGUCGAUGAUAGUUGCUACCGGUCAACUCUGGCCUUCGGAAGCGGAAGAGUAGGAUUUUAA